AUGAAUAGUUCCAGCAGUAGGGGGUUCUGGUCCUCUUCCCCAGCCACCGUAGGGGAGAGGUCGCAAUCUGGAGAAGUGCCACCGUGUAUGAACAUUUUCGAAUGUUUUGCUCUGUGGGCUCGUAUCACGGAGGAGACCGCGGUGAGAAAGUUACCCGAGAUCCCUUCCUUAGAGAGAAGGGAAUCAUUCGAGGGAACUCGUCUGGCCAGGUUUUCGGGGACCCGCGGAGGUCGCAGGAGAGGAGGUGCCAGAGGUGAAUCCCGGAACAACUCUCCGCUUCGAUCACUCCUCGACCCUGGGCUGGUGAUGUCCAGUCCAGAACUCCAUCCGCCGUUGAUCUCAUCCAGCACGGAAUCAGCACAUCGCCGUCAGAGAUGGCGGAUGAGGGACCAGGUGAGAGUGAAAGAGCAAAGACAAGAACUCAAUGAAGUGGAGGAGGAACAUCGUAACUUUACAAUUCAAAGAACAAAAGCCAAAAAGACGCACACCUGCACUCAGUGUGGAAAGAGUUAUUCUCAUGCAUCAGGUCUCAGUCGUCAUAUGCGCACACAUCAGUGUGGUAAAAAGUUAAUUUCACCAUCACAUCUAAAAAAACACCUGAAAGUUCAUUUAGAUGAGAGGCAUUAUGUGUGUUCUCUCUGUGGGAAGAGCUUUACUACAUCUGAAUAUCUGAAACUGCACCAAAGAAUUCAUACUGGAGAAAAACCUUACAAGUGCUCAUAUUGUGACAAGAGUUUCACUCAGUCCGGAACCCUGAAAUCACACGAGCGAGUUCAUACUGGAGAGAAGCCGUACGACUGUACUCAGUGUGAGAAGAGUUAUUCCAAUGCAUCAGGUCUCAAGUAUCAUCUGCGCAUUCACUCUGGAGAAAAACCAUUUAACUGUGAUCAGUGUGCUAACGAUUUUAUUUCAUCAUCAAAUCUAAAAAAUCACCUGAAAGUUCAUUCAGAUGAGAAGCCUUAUGUGUGUUCUCUCUGUGGAAAGAGUUUUUCAUGGCUGGACAGUUUUAAACGGCACCAGAAAACACAUAAUGAAGUGAGAGAUCAUGUGUGUUGUGACUGUGGGAAGAGCUUUACUACAUCUGAUAAUCUGAAACAGCACCAAAGAAUUCAUACUGGAGAAAAACCUCACAAGUGCUCAUAUUGUGACAAGAGUUUCACUCCUUCUGGAUCUCUGAAAUCACACGAGCGAGUUCACACUGGAGAGAAGCCGUACGACUGUACUCAGUGUGGGAAGAGUUUCACCCAAUCAAGUAAUCUAGUGACUCAUAUUAGAAAGCAUUGUUCUGUGUCACAGUGAGCAAAUGUUUUGUUAGAUUCACAUGAAGUAAAUGUGUAGUUACUUAACUAAUAAACUAGUGUUGCUGUGAAUGC